AUGAAUCCAGACUUAAAAGACAAGAUUGCGCUGUUCGGCACCCUCGAAAGCCUGCGAGAUACAGAAGACGAUGACGAGGUCGUUGCCUCUGAGGAGACCGAGCAUCGAGCAAAGUGUAAAGCAUAUGCGCGACUUGCCUUGAAAAGACCAGGAAUCAAACUGCGAUCAACCUUUGGGGGCAUCGGCAACUCACUAGGCGUUGCUCAUAGGAGGACAGCAUCUGAUUCGAUUGUCACUUCCCCCAAGCAACCAACGAAUCGCCGUCCAGAAGUGAUCGUCAUCGAAGAUACACCACAGCAGCUACCUAGGAGGUUGCCGCCAAGUCAACAUCGCGUUACAUCUGUUUCUGGGUCAGCCUUUCACGUUGAAAACACGUCGGACUCGACAAGAAAAUCAGCAAGCCAGCCAGGCAUACUAGUUGUUCAACCACAAUCAGAACGGGCUGUCUGUUCAUCACCGCCACCAGUUGAAGAUUCACCAACUACCAACAUGGCAAAGCGCAAGCGGCCCGACAAGCCUCAGUGGUUCAAGGGUAUGUCGUUCUUCUAUUACCCAAAUAAUGACACCAAUGCUGUCCGAAAGCACCGGAUCAACACAGCACGUGAACAUGGAGCGACCUGGGUUCGAGACCUAGACGAAGCAACCCAUGUGAUUGUAGAUGCCGACCUCAAAUACGCGGACAUGGAGAUGAUCCUGGCGGAAAGCCCUGGAUCGACCGACAAGAUAGUUAUCAAUGAUCGCUGGCCAGGCGAGUGCAUCGGCAGUAAGAUGAUUCUCAACACGGCUCUGGAAUUAUACCGAGUGCCGGGACACCCCAAAAUAUCCAAGAAAGCAGAAGGAGCGCAACAUCUAUCUCAGGAUAACUCACUGAAGCUUAAGGAGCCCACGAGUCGGCCUCGAAGAAAUCAUGUCGUAUCUACUACAACACCGCCGCGAAGCUACAACUCUACACAAAUAAGCACCCAGACGUCAUCAGAUCAGGCGAUAUCGGAGUCAAGAUUGGGUGGUCCGGGUCCCGCCAUUGCCAGCGUCGAAGAAACCAUCCUAUGCGCCGAUGGGAACGAACCUACAAAGCUCGCGACCUCCGUCGCUGAGAAAUCAACACAAACUUCCGUCGAAUAUGAGUUUUCCCAGUUGAUCAAGUACUGUAAAGAGAAUCCGGAAGCUGGUGUCGACGGCUACGGUGAGGUCGGGGUCGAAGUGAACCAACCGCCUUUGCCAGUUGGACCUGUUGCUACAGCUCCUCCUACAUGGGAUGGCAAUGAACUGAGCUCGGAAGAAGAGCGUAAGCAGAGAAAAAAAAGCAAAACUAAAAGCGCAAGAUCAAAGAGUGAAAACUGGCAAGACAAUUUUGCCUGUAUGAAGGGAGGCCAUCUUGGUGAUGACUCCAACAACCCAAACGCCAAGGCCAUUUCCAUACUUCAGCAAUUGGCCGAUCACUGGGAUCGCCAUAAAACUUGUGACGAAGACAGUUUUCGAAUAAACAACUACCGGAAAGCGGUUCACAGCCUACGGCAACGCACGACAAUCAUCACAACUGCGGAGGAAGCGAGAGAAAUUUCAGGAAUUGGAGGCAAAAUUGCCGACAAGAUUGUGGAAAUUGCCAAGAAUGGUAGAUGUCGAGAACUCGAAGAGCUACAAAAGGACCCAAAUAAUGCAGUCCGUGAGCUCUUUUUAAAUGUCUAUGGUGUUGGGCAUACAACGGCAAGCGACUGGAUAAGUCAAGGUCUCCGCACGCUCCAAGAGGUACUCGAGAAGGCGAAACCCACCAAAUACCAACGGCUAGGAAUCGAGCACUUCGAUGACCUUAACACGCGUAUCCCACGGGUCGAGGUGGAAGCGUUGGGAGUGUGUGUGAUGCGGACUGCACGAGGGAUUGAUCCUCUGGUUGAGUUUAUCGUUGGAGGCAGCUAUCGCCGUGGUCAGAUGACCUCAGGCGAUAUAGACUUCAUUGUCACGAGGAAGGGGACGAAAACUACUGCUGACCUUGAUCCCUUCUUCCGCAAACUUAUCAAGCGACUAACUGACAAGGGCUUCCUGACUGCCGGCCUGGCAACAUCCAGAUCUGAGGACGGAAACAAGUGGCAUGGCUGUUGUGUUCUUCCAGAAAGUGACUUCCCCAGAAAUAAGGCAGGCUACAAGCCUAUCUGGCGACGUAUUGAUUUCCUGCUUGUCCCGGAGACGGAGCUGGGCGCCGCCAUGAUUUACUUUACUGGCAACGAUCUGCUGAACAGAAGCAUACGCCUGUUGGCCAACAAAAAGGGAUUCAAUUUGAGCCACAAAGGCUUAUUCCAGGGUGUCAUACGAGACAGCCAUCGAAAAAAGACCAAUGAUGGUGUGCUAGUAGAAGCCAGGGAUGAACGCAAGAUUUGGGACAUCCUUGGGGUUCCGUGGCUAGAACCACACGAAAGGAAUAUCUAG